AUGGUCACGAUCACCGCCGAUAUAGACCGCUUGGGGAGGGGGAUGCAGACUCUACCGCAAGAAUUGUGGACUCUUGUCUACGACCUCGUCUUCACUGCCGAACCACGACAAUGGGCGAUCUGGCCUGAAAGUCGCACCCCAGCUAGAACGCAGAUCGACUCCCGGUCACGAAAACAAUUCGCAGCACACUACUACGGUCACGGCGCGAAAUUCGUAUUCGACGGUCUAAGUGCCGCCCAGAUGGCACGCUGGCUUCGCAGCCGUCACCCGCAACAUCUGGCUCUGCUGAAACAUAUCACGUUUAGAAUGGACACUACGCAAGUCAACCGCUUUCGAUCGUGGCCGAACUGUCUUGGCUACUAUCGAGACUAUAUUGGUCGAGAUACUGCGACCAUGUAUCUGCUGGACGUACUUGAAUAUCUUGGUCUUGCACGAAUUCUUGCUUUUGCAAGCUCGACCCAACAAACAUCGCAGACAGCCGCAUUUCUCGCAACUCCAGGCACCAUGACGCUCCGCCAAUACGGCUUCACAUCCUCCGCCAGCACGAGCCCAAGCUCUAACAAGAAGUCUUCACACGCCAUAAAGUUCGCGCCACGCUCCUGCCCGGACAUGACCUCCCCCCCAAUCGACCUUGCCCGUCUGGCCACUCAAAUGCAAGCCCUACCACAAGAACUUAUCAACGCCGUUUACUACAACGUCUUUACCCCUGACCAACGCAUCCGAAUCGUCUGGCCCGAAAGUCGUCUCCCCGCUAGGCUGCAGGUGGAUCGGCACUCGAGGGAAAUGUUCGCAGCGCGGUAUUACGGCGGCGGCGCCGUGCUCGACUUCCGGAAUAUGGACGAAGAUCUCCUGAUCAAGUGGCUUGGUAGUCGUUCGACUGCGCACUGGGCUCUGCUGCGGCAUAUCACAUUCACUGCGGGACGAGGAUCAUAUCACAGGACGCUUGACUUUCAAGGCGGGGGGACCGUGUUGUUAAGGAUGAGGUUGCUGAGGAGAUUGGCUGAGGUCGGCAUCAAGGACGGCGAGAAUGUGCUGCAGGUGGUCAAGUCUUAA